CGCCGCCGCUCUGAUGCCCUCGGCUCUCCCGUGCCGGCUCCCGGAGCCCCGCGGAGCCCUGCCCGGAGCGGAGUGAGCCCAGCGCUGCCCCAGCCAUGCAGGAGCCGGAGCGGGGGGUGCCCAGCGCUGCCCCCGCCGCGGGCGAUGCCGCCCCCGCCGCCCCCGCCUGCCCGGACCUGGACACGCGUGACGGCGCGGGGGGUGACACGGACACGGUCGGCUGCCGGCUUCCCACGGGAUCGGAGCGGGACGGAGCGCCCCAGCCCCAGGAGGAGUCCCCCGGGACCCCCCGCGUUCCCCCGCCGGACCCGCAGCGGGUUCACUCCGCACCGGAGCUCGUCAGGCCGCUGCGAGCGAUGGAGCGGACGGACAGACCCCCCCAGAGCGGGGCUGACUACGGCUUCCUCGUGAGCCAGAACACGAAGCUCCUGAGUGCCCUGGAGGACCUGCGGCACCGCUGCUCCAGCCUGGCCGAGGAGAACAGCCUGCUGCGCAGGAGCUGCUUCCCCCAGACGGAGGAGAAGGUGAAGCACCUGAAGAGGAAGAACGCGGAGCUGGCGGUGAUCGCCAAGCGCCUGGAGGAGAGAGCCCGGAAACUGCAGGAGGCAAACCUCAAAGUGGUCACUGCUCCAGUGGCUCUGAAGGGCUCCAGCCUGGAGCUGUGUAAGAAAGCCUUUGCCCGCCAGCGUGCCAAGGACCUGACAGAGCAAGCCAGUGCCCUCCUGGCCAAAGACAAGCAGAUUGAAGCUCUGCAGCAGGAAUGCCGGGAGCUGCAGGCUAAACUCUCGGCAGGGAAGGACGACCCUCGCUGCCUCAACGUCAUCGAGUUUGACCGCCUGCUGCGGGAGUCCCAGCGGGAGGUGUUGAGGCUGCAGAGGCAGAUUGCCCUCAAGAAUUUCAAGGAGUGUCUGCAUCCCCCCAAAAUGAGCCCAGGCAGUGCCAGGUCGAGCACUGCCCCACGCCUGGGACCGAACACCGGCAGCAAAGGUUCACCUCUGCCAAAGGAGGCCUCCUUGGGAGACCCGGCGCUGGGAGGGAGAGCUCGCAGGGAGGUGGAACCAGGUGUGCAACCACUGGGACCUGCCUCUGAAGGACAUGAAAAUUUCCCUCCCAAAAAUGCAAUAACAGGCCAAGAGACCAGAAAACAGAUCCAGCAGCUGGAAUUUGAACUCAAGAAAAAGCGCAAAAAAUGUGAAAACCUUGAGCAUGAAGUGAGGAAAAAGCAUAAAAGAUGCAAAGAACUAAACUGA